GCUAGCCGGCUAGCUGUUAACGCAGACUGACGCCAUUAGUUUACAGCAAAGAAAGCGUAAGAACCGUGAGAAGCGACCCGGUUCCGAUUUUAGACCGGUUCUCCUGUCGGUUUGGACCGCUGCUGUUCGCGGUUUGGGCCGUGUGAGCUGUCAGAGAGCCGCUCUUAUGAUUUUAGCCUAAUUUAUAAAGUCGGAAGUCGGUUUAAGGUUCGAACUAAGUUAGCAUUGUUAGCAGCUCGACAACAAACGUCUCUUUUUUUUCUGGAAAUAAAAAGCAAGCGGAGUAUUUUCUAAACUAAAGUGAGAAGAUGGCAGCAGCGGGGGCGGCCGGGAGCGGCGGCAGAACCUACUCCUUCAAAGUGGUGCUGCUGGGGGAAGGCUGCGUGGGGAAGACGUCGCUGGUGCUGAGAUACUGCGAGAACAAAUUCAACGACAAACACAUCACAACCCUUCAGGCGUCCUUCCUCACAAAGAAGCUCAACAUCACAGGAAAGAGGGUCAACCUGGCCAUCUGGGACACGGCGGGUCAGGAGCGCUUCCACGCGUUAGGUCCCAUCUACUACAGAGACUCCAACGGAGGCAUUCUAGUCUACGACAUCACAGACGAAGACUCCUUCCAGAAGGUGAAGAACUGGGUGAAAGAGCUGAGGAAAAUGUUGGGAAACGAGAUUUGUUUAUGUAUAGUAGGUAAUAAAAUAGAUUUGGACAAAGACAGACACGUCUCGGUGGAAGAAGCUGAGAGCUAUGCAGAGUCGGUGGGAGCCAAACAUUACCACACGUCAGCCAAGCUAAAUAAGGGCAUCGAGGAGCUGUUCCUGGAUCUGUGCAAACGGAUGAUGGAGACGGCUCAGGCGGAGGAGAGAGCGAAGGGAAACGGAGCCAGCCAAUCAGCAUCGAGUAGGCGGGGCGUGCAGAUUGUGGACGACGAGCCGCAGGCCACGCCGGCCGGAGGAUGCUGCUCUUCUGGCUAACACACACCCAUCCACACAUAACCAACACGUUUAUCCGUCUGUCAUCCAGUUCGUCCGCUCGAUAAAUAACCUCUGCCGCUGAGGAUCAUGGGAAAUCAUAUUCAAGUUUGUUUCGUCUGUGUUAGCGCCAAAAUAAAAGCCCCUCUGAUUUAUCCAGGUGUGCUUCUGUAGCAGGUUGAUCUCUGUAACGAGCAGCUGCUGUCACAUUCAACAUGGCCGCUCCUGGUUUGGGUUGUUUUUUUUUUUUGUUUUGGGGGUGAAGCUGCUGUACUGACCUUCAUUAACCUUCAUCUGGGAAUGAAAACAUGGUAAAGAGGCAACGGCUCCACCUGCUGGACGGAUGUGAUUUAAACCUCAAAGGAGAUCUCAGAGUUUUUAUUUCAACCGGCAGACACACCCUCAAUGUUGAAGCAGUCAGGAAUUGUAUGUCGGUGGUGUUAGCAGGCGGCUAAGGAGCUACUGAUUAUCCGUAGCAGCUGGGUUCUCUCUGUUAAAUGAAAGGAGAGCUCUGAUUUCAUCCUUUAAUGUCAUUUAUGGAAUUAAAAUCUAAUCCUCCAGGCUUCUAGUCUGUGGAAUAACUCCAUCCCUAACCAGGA